AAGUGUAGUGCAUCCGGAUGCGUUUGCCCGCGUGCAGUGCAAGUUCGUGAACAUAAUGGGUACGGAUCGAUGCAGCACCACUGGUCGCGCUGCUGCUGCUGCUGCAUACAAGGCCAACCAUCGUACAGCGGAAAAGAAGCAAAACGGAGCAGAGCUAAUCGUUAAUCCAUGUCGACGACCGCAGCUGGCCCAACGGCACCAGUGUACCACCGGCGACGGCGAAGAUGAACGGCGAAGGAAACGAAGAAAACGCACCAUCCAACCUCAGCAACUGAUCGAGCAAACGGGCCAACUGCAUUGUCGUACGUCUAGAAUGAUGAGCAUUGCUGUGAAAACGGCAAGCCACCGCCGCAGCCUACAGACAAGACGGCUGAUCACGGCUUGCUAUGUGGGAUUGCUUCUUCAGCUCAUCACACUGGUUGCAGCUACACCGUUGUCGAUCAAACCGGAAUACUGGCAGCGUGUGGCGUCUGGUGGUCGUGAAAUGGCGCAGGAGAAUUUUGGCACAGAUGAUGAACGAUUUCAUCCUUCCAAAGAAUUCUCACACUACGGUAAAAUAACGCCCCAGCUGCAACAUGGACGGCAUAAAAGAUCCCUAACAAAUACGCGCGAAGAGAAUGGGCUUCACGCGACGCAUUUAACAUUAAGUUAUACAUUAAUCGAAGCUGAUGUGAUAUUAGAUUUACAACUUAACAAAGCGCUCAUACCGGACACACAUUUUCUUAGUUAUCAGCUACCGAACGGAACGGGCAAACACGUCGUACGGUAUGACCGUCCGGAAGAGGUGGAUCUUUGCCACUACUAUGGUAAAAUACGAGGCAAACCCGACUCUAGAGCAGCAAUUUCAACGUGCGGUGAGACGGAUGGCAUUAGAGGAAUUAUCAUCGAUACCGACGAUACGUAUUACAUCGAAAGUCCGCGGGUGACUGUAAAAAGCAACAAUAUUAACGAUGAAACAGCAAGGAUCGACCUUGGCGAACAUUUUAUCUAUCGACACUCAGAUUUAGUUCCCAGCGGGCCGGAAGGUGAAGGGCAUAGGUGUGGUUACGCCGGUGGACACAUUAACGCUACCCACGAUCCUGAGCUGUACCGGGAACAUACGGCAGCACCGAGGCGAGAGAAACGAGCCACCUCGUCAGGUUCGCCCAAGAUCCGCGGACCGUACAAUGCGAACAAGUACUCGAGCUACGUAGAGCUGGUGAUCGUGGUGGAUAACAAGAUGUUCAAGACGAUGCGUGAAAAUUUUAAAACCGUCCAGCAGUACUGUAAGGAUAUAACGAACAUCAUCAACGCACUGUACGAACCGCUAAACAUCUUCGUCGGACUGGUCGGUGUGGUCGUUUGGAACGAAGGUGACGAGAUUGAGCUGUCAAAGGAUGGCGAGGUGACGCUAAAGAACUUUCUGCACUAUCGCAAGAAAACGCUCAUCAAGGAUCAUCCCAACGAUAACGCGCAACUGUUCACGAAAGAACACUUUGAAGGUGGUGUCGUAGGGAAAGCGCUGAAAGGCCCGAUCUGUACGUACGAAUUUUCCGGCGGUGUGGAGAUGUACCACAGCGAAAUUAUCGGUGUGCAGGCAACUACGGUUGCGCACGAGAUGGGACACAACUUCGGUAUGGAACACGAUACGGCGGAUUGUGAAUGUCCGGAGGAACGUUGCAUCAUGUCCGCCUCGAGCUCGUCGAUCGCACCGAAGCACUGGAGCCGUUGCAGCAUCGAUCAGCUGAGCUUGGCGUUUCAUCACGGCAUGAACUAUUGUUUAACGAACAAACCGGAAAGCCUUUUCGAUUCACCUGUCUGUGGCAAUGGGUUUGUGGAGGCGGGUGAACAGUGUGACUGCGGGUUGCCGGACUAUUGUGACAAUUCGUGUUGCGAUCCGCGCACCUGUAUGCUGCACACGAACGCAUCCUGUGCGACGGGAGAAUGUUGCGAUUUGCGGACGUGCAAACCGAUGGUUGGCGGUACCGUUUGUCGCCAGGCGGACGGGGAGUGUGAUUUGCCGGAGUACUGUUCCGGUGAGUCGGAAUACUGUCCGGGUGAUGUGUUUAAGCGUGAUACGGAAAUUUGUGACGGUGGCAAAGCGUUCUGUUACCGUGGUACGUGCCGAUCGCAGAACGAUCAGUGCCGGUUGCUGUGGGGACCGACGGGGAAAUCUUCCGAGCAGUGUUACGUUAAGAAUGAGGAUGGAAGUCGGCAUGGUAACUGUGGCUAUAAUCGGGUGAAGAAUGAGUACGUCAAGUGUGACGAAGCGGACGUCCACUGUGGUAUGCUGCACUGUAGGCAUUUGAACGAGCGGCUCGAAUUUGGUAUGGAAUCGGUCGCGAUACUGUCGCACAGCUUCAUGACGUACAACGGUAGUGUGAUACCGUGCCGGACGGCAAUCGUCGAUCUGGGUCUGCAGAAGGUUGAUCCGGGUCUUACGCCGGACGGUGCCAAAUGUGGCGAGGGAAAGAUGUGUCUCAACCAAAUGUGCAUGUCGGUGGAAAAGCUGCGAGCGGGUGGCAGUGGAGCAGCAUGUCCGGAAAAUUGUAACGACAAGGGUGUGUGUAAUAGCGAGGGCCACUGCCAUUGUGAGCCAGGGUUUGCUCCCCCAUUUUGCAAUCUUCCAGGGUACGGAGGUUCCCUCGAUAGUGGACCGGCAACCGAUCCAAAUGCUACUGCCAGUUUCCGUCGUAUGAUGUACAUUUUCUUCUGUGGCGUCGUGCCCGCAUGCUUCAUCUUCGCCUUAGUCGUAUACUAUCUACGAAAUGGGCAUACGUUCAACGGCAAACGCAAACCUACACCGAAUGCUUUGACUACACACAUCAAACCGGAUGGUUCCCAUUCGGCCAGCUCGACCCACACGAUCCUCCCUUCCUCACCGAACUCACCCGACUCGGACAUGAAUGCGGCCCUUCUCCGGCCUUCGUCCACGAUCGGUGUGGGCAGUACGGUCGCACCGAACGAGUCAGACUUUGUGGCCAACAACAACAUGUUCGGUAAAUUUAAAGGAUUCACCCUGCAACCCCUUCCCCAGUCCACCACGGUCGGCGGCGUCGUCCCGGGCGGUCACAAAAAGUCCCCCAAGGUGGCGUUCGUGCAACCGGUUAGUAAGUGUAGUGAGGAACCGAUCAGCAAUGCUGUACCGGCCCGUGCUGCACCUCCCGUACCCGUACCGCUCAAAACGCUAGCUACCCGUCUUGACACUAGCAGUGACCGAAGCAGUAGCUUAGAUAAUGUAGCGAACUACACUAAACCGGCAGGUAAUAAUGGGGUACCCUUCACGCAAGCCCGCGUCAACGGCUGCAAGCUGGCCAACCACGAGCAUCAGCUGGAUACAUCCGCUGCACCGGCGCUCCCACCCGCCAACCCCGGGUCCACAGCUCGUCCAAUCAUUUCCAGCCCGAUUCUAGAAUCGUCUACCUCGCGUGACUUGGCGGUGGCUGGCGUCACGCAAAAGACAUCGAAUGUUCCUAUCCGACCGGCACCAAUGCUUCCACCGGUGGCGGGCAGCGAAGUAACUUCCAAUCCAUCGACGGGCAUUCCAUCCGAAACGUCCAGCACCCUUUCCGCCGAGGUACUGAUCAAUCCGGUCAGCAAGGAUAAAAAGCCGAAGGAAAGCAAGCUGAACCGCAUCACGUCGUACUUGAAGAAGGAAGAGAAGCCACAGAAACCGGAACCGAAGCAACUGAAGGUAAUCGAUAAGGAAAAGCUACGCAAUAUUAACAUCUCCGCACCGAUACCGAUCGAGCAGAAUAAUCCCGAGCUGGCAAAGAGUAUGCCCCGGCUGGCCGACAUUACGGCGCUGAACGACGAAAAGGAACCGACACCGAUAGGAGUAUCGGUACAGCGUGCUAAAAGCAUGCGCGAUCCAGAAUCAAUCGUAGGAAACACACAGCGCAAGGUACGCAUCGUUGACGAUCGUUCGGAGCGUUCGGAGAAUGGUUCGAUCGGUGGCAGCAGUACCGGGUCGGGAAAGAAGGGAUCGGGAACAGCUUUAAAGCGACCACAAAGUAUGGUCGGUACAAGGCCAACCAUCCCACCUCCAAGACCACCCGUACCAGCUGCGGUCGUUGUGCAAACGACGACGGCUAUGAAAAUUCCCGGCGUUCCUGGUUAUCAGAAUCCACCGCCACCUAAAUCGGUUCGCAUUCAGACACCGCCCGGAUCGCGAGAGUACGACGACUGUCGGGAUAGUGGUAACGGUACCGGAGGACACUCGUCGCUCGGUUCGGACAAUAUCUACUCCGUCAUUGACGAAUCACCCUCACCGCCAAGCAUUAUUUCACCGCCGGCCAUUUCUUCCGGUGGCAGCUCGGAAAGUAUGGGUUUGUUGGGCGAAAUCGUAAACGAGAUCGAGAGCCGUAACGGUGACUCGGCGGUGUACAUUGCGUCCACACUGCGUCGUGGCGAUGGUGGAAGUAGAAAAUCUUCAUCCACCGCAAGCCAACCGAUUACGACAACGACCACGACAACAGUAAAAGCUGCUGCGUUAGCUUCGCCGGAGCUAGAGGACGAUGAACCGACGUACGUUAACACGUCGGAAAUAAUCGACGACGAUGACGAUUUCGAUGCCACGGAAGAUGACGACGAUGACGAGCUGGAAGAUGACAAUCCGAUACCGAACCGCAACUCGGGUUUAAGCACAACCUCUAGCGGUUAUUUGCGACCGUCGGCAAUCAACAGUACACCAAUCGCUCGGAUAACACCGUCCACGAACGGCGGUGGUAGCGAGAAACCUACUCCAGCGGGUGUAAGCAGCUUCAAAUCCGCUACAGCACCGAACGUGUUAAAUCAAAUAAAAUUCCAAGGUCCCACUGCCAAGGCCGGGGAACAAUCGGCAAAGAAAACCUCAACGACAACAACCGGCCCAUCCAGCACGACAGCAAACGGAACGGCAACCGGUGGACCAUCUACCUACAAACCGUACCACAGCGUGCUAACGAACAAUGCGCGCGCUGGUUCGGUGGUGGCCGCCGCCAAAGCAAAAAUAGCAUCGGAAAAAUCGAACGGAACUGCACCGGCCAGUACGACGAUCGCCAAAAAACUGCCUUCACAAGCGAACGCAUCCGUCCGCACGCGUACACCUUCACCGCGUGGUAGCAUUGCCAACGGUUCCCUACCCAACGGGACCGUACCGGGAAAAGCAACGCCGACAACGGCGUCAGCAGCAGCAGCCACCACAACAAAGCCGAAAACGGCCGCCAAACCAGCCACAAUCGUUAGCAACGGGAAGCUGUUGACGGCUGCCGCACGUCCCGGCCCAGGAAAAGUGUCCAACGUGGCAUCGUUACAGCAAAAAUUUGAAGGGCGAAAGUAA